AUGGUUUUAAAGUUCUAUCCGAUUUUUAUUCUGGCUGUUGGAAGACAAGAGAAUGCAAUUGGAUGGUAUCAUAGUCAUCCUGGAUAUGGUUGUUGGUUAUCAGGUAUCGAUGUAUCUACUCAGAUGCUCAAUCAAAAUUUUCAAGAACCCUUUGUUGCUAUUGUUAUCGAUCCUGUGAGGACAAUAUCUGCUGGAAAAGUUUGUUUGGGUGCAUUUCGAACUUAUCCAAAGGGAUAUAAGCCAGCAAAUGAAGAACCAUCGGAAUACCAAACAAUUCCAUUAAACAAAAUCGAAGAUUUUGGAGUUCAUUGCAAACAAUAUUAUUCAUUAGAAGUGUCUUACUUUAAAUCAUCAUUAGAUAGGCGAUUAUUAGAUUCUUUGUGGAAUAAAUAUUGGGUGAACACAUUAAGUUCUUCCAGCCUUUUAACAAAUGCGGACUACACAACGGGACAAAUAUUUGAUUUAUCGGACAAAUUAGAACAGUCAGAAGUUGCACUUGGAAGAGGAUUUAUUUUAGGUGGAACGGAUCCCCAUGAUCGAUGUUCGGUAGAAAAACUAAUUAAAGCAACAAGAGACAGUUGUAAGACAACAAUUGAAAUUAUCCAUGGUUUAAUGGCACAAAUAAUUAAAGACAGAUUAUUCAAUCAAGUUGGUUGUAAGAAUACUGCUGAUGUUCAACAGCAACAACAGUGAAUUCUAUGUAUAAAGUAUAAAUAUCAUUAAAAAAAGUUAUUGUAAUAAUAUGUGCGACAUGUAAUUAAUGUACGGAAAAUUUGUAAUAACAACGAAAUACGCGUAAGCGCUUCAUUUGUAUUUCUUUUUUAUUACAAGUGUUACUUUCUUCGUAGUAAUAUACAGUUUAAUAAAAACUAUCCCGUAUUGAUGACAACAAAAGUGAAAUAUUAAUAAUAAUAUUUUAGAAGAUUAAUGGAAUAAAAAUACAUUUUAUUUUCA